GGGUGUCAACAUGGCUGCCCCUGCCUAAAUUGGCGGUCUGUUUAACCAACUAGCGUUAUUAGUAGCGACGCAACUAACAUCAAUCACAUUUUGUACAGUCGUAUUCCCACGGGAAUUAAGGAAAUUGUUUUCAAUAAGGAUUUCAAAAAUGUCUUAUUUUAUAAUAAUAAAAUCAAGACGAUGCACCAUUGUGUCAAGACUGUCGAGUGUCGUGUAAGAAACAAAUCUUAAUCUUAUUCCGGUAGUCAUUAAUCAGCAAAGCAGCCAAACGAUAACAGACUUUCGCUGUCUCGACAAGCUUUAAGGAAACUGCGUUUCUGUGGUAUCAGUAGUGCAAUGUUCGGCAGAGGUCUCACUAAAUUAUUAGGAAAAGUCAUUAGGUAACAUUUCAUUAUCAUUACCGAACAGUGUAGUGAUAUAAAUAUCUGCCCCCAUUUUACUUGGUAGAUGUGCUGAACCAUGUUUGGUCAGGAUAAUUUGCAAUCAUUGCUGUAGAUAUGAUAAAGAUGAUAAGAUGGCCAAGGAUUCCAGUCGGGAGAGUAAUGAGUCAUUGGCCCGAGAGAUUCAAUGCUUGGAGAGGGAAAAGGAAGAAUUGGAACAAAGUAACAAAAGACAAACAUUGGAGCAAAGGGUGCGAGAGCUGAGAAGUACGGUUAGCUCACUUAGAUCAGAUAAUAGGAGCACUUCAUCAAUAACUGAUGGAAGAGUUAGUGCUGAGACCACCCAAGCAAGGACACAUUUAAAGAGUCAUCAACAUUAUGGAGAUAGUGAUGCAGGCGGGUUUUCUGAGCUGCAUUCAGCUCUGAAAGAAAGUCAGGACAAUUUGCGGGCUCUGAGUAGCCAUCAUUUACACUCCUCAACCCCUUCAUCAUCAAGUGGCAGAAGAAGAGACAAUAAUGUAAACCAGACACGUGUGGUGUCAUCAGAAAGUAGCGCCGAGAGUGAUGGUGGUGAUGAUGUCAUGUCGCAAGCCCACAAGCAAGCCAUUCAGGAAAAUCGUGACAUUCUUGUUGAAAACUUGAUUCCAGACGAUAUCUUUAAUGACCUCAUUUCCCGCAAGAUCUUCACCACAGCUGAUGUAUCUCGUAUCAAGGAUCGUAACACAAGGGAGGCAAUUAAUGAAGAAUUGCUGAACCAUCUUUGUAGACGGUCAGAUCGAGCAUUUUAUGUAUUUGUACAAUCACUUCGGAGGACUCUGCAGGAUUUUUUGGCUAAUCGCAUUGACCCACAACCAUCUUCAAAAGCUCAUAAAAAAAAGAGAAAACGGCAGACAGGUGAGUUAAACAUAAGCAUUGACUGUGAUGAUGUGAUACCACAUGCAACACCUAGACGAAGGGGAAGAGGUCGAGGGAACUCAAUGAGCAAAGCUCUGUGCUCGUGUCAGGAAGUGGAAGAGCAGAUACUGACAAUGGCAAAAGAAGCGUACCGCAACAUUCGGCGCAGAGAUGCUACCCCUGCUGCUUUUGAGCAGUUUAGAAAAGAACUUCACCAGACCAAUGAAAUAAUCAAAGACUCAAUGGAAAUAAUGCACACACUCAAGAUUCUAUGUCGUCAUGGAGAUCUAGAAGCAAUAUCAGAAGGCAGUGUGCAGUUCUGGCUUCGCUGUCAUUCACAAACUGAUGCACAGGCACUAUGGGGCAUGUAUGUCUCUGGCAAACUUCUGAGGUUAUUUCAGCGGGCCUUCGUGACUCCAUCAUUACAGAAGCGAUGCCGGGCACAGCACAUACGUUUACGAGUUUACAUCCAUGAAGAGGAAUAUUUGUGCUGCCUAGCUGAACUAAGUGCACAAAGUGACAGAAAUGUCAGGUUGGGAAACAACUGCACCAUUGGCAGGUCCACACCACAUUCAGAACCUCAGAAAAAGCGGGCAAAGGCAGUAUCUUAUGAAAAGAGAUCACUGGAUCCUUACACCCGACCCCUACCUCGACAGGCUUUUCAGGAAAUAUCCAAGAAUCUCAAAGUUCAUCUUGACAUGUCUUAUGAAGUAGAGGGUUCCACAGUUCCUGCAUCCUGUAUGCAAGAGAAGGCUGGUUACAAUUUUCGAGUUCGACCAGUGCAUAUGUGCUGAUGAAAAAUACUUAAACAAAUGUGUAGACUUGAAUGACAAGAGCAGCUUGAUUCAUGUUGUAUACACCUGCUCCAAAGUUAUUGGCAUGGCCUAGAGUGACUCUCAGUCUGUUUAACAGAAAGAUACUUUUUAAAGUUUCUGAAAUUCUAUGUGAAGAUAGGCAUGUCCUUUUGGGAAAGAUCCAUCAUCUUCCUUCAGGCCAUGAUUCUGUGUACCUGCAUGCAGGAUCAACAAAUUGAGGCUGUCCUUUGUAUUUUUGGCAGUCCAACUUCUGAAUGUUGCUGUGUGUGAAUAAAUGUUUAUCCUAUAUGUGAGCCUGAAUCAUGAUUGUAUGAGGGUCUGUUGGGUGCAGUGAGUAUCUUUUAUGCUAGGGUAUUUUUUAUUGUUGUGCUUCUGUAUAGAGCUGCUUCUAAUUGCCCUCUGAGAUAGUCAUAUCUAUCUUUUUCAUAAUGUGCCAUGUUCAUGUACCGGUAUGGAUAUUUUUGGUGUGGUACUGAUUGAUGUCAUAUAUAACAUACAUCAGCCAAGAAACAGUCAUUAUGUGAAGAGAUUUGUCACACUGAAAUGAAGUGUAUGUUUAAACUUUCAUGAGAACAUGUUGGAAGAAUACUUCCUGACUUGAACCACAAGAGAUAGCUGUUUGUACUUCUUAAUCCCAUUCUUUACCUUUAUGGAAUAGUCAAAGAUCUUGGCACAGACUUAAUUUGAAUGGUAUUUUCUAAGUUUCUGUACAGUUUUCAUAAAUGUGACAUCUACAGACAUGUCAUCUUUGUUGAUAUAAAACUAAUUGCAACUCUACAAAAAAAGGGGUCUCCCAAAUGUGCUUGUACCUUCAGGAGAAACAUUUUUAGUCAUUACCACUUUGAAUAGUUAUUGAUGCUAUCAAAUUUAAAAUGUUGCCAUAUAAUUUGAGAAAACCAGGACAUUCCUGCUAAUUACUAGAAAUAGUUGAUCACAGUUUCCUGUGUUUUUACAGUGUGUAUCUGGUGUAGUAAAAUCAUGACCAAGUUUAUUGAAGUGGCUUUCCUGUAACAAAUCUGGUUUGAGGGGUGUUUGAACUCUCCAUGUUCGUUUUUGUUUUUGUAGUGCCCUUGGAUUAUCAUCUGCUAAAUACUGAUGAUCUGUGCUUUUAGUUGCAUUUGCCUGCCACUGUUCUGUUGACCUGACUUUCAACCCCACUGUUGUCUCCUUCAUUGUCCAACAGUCCCAACACCUUAUCUGCUUCAUCUCAAUUCCAGUUUUUCAUAUGCUGGAUUCAUUCGCCAGUUUCUUGCAGAUGUUCAGUUCUUUCUGCUGUAUGGUUCAUUUUCCUCACAACAUUGCUCCCACCCCAUCCCCCCUGUUGCUUUAGAUUGGGGAUAUAUGUGAGUCAACAAGUGUGGUCUGGAUCCUCUGAUCUCUUAUCUACAAUCCUCCUGCUUUAUUCAUUUCCCUCACUGCCAGUGUGUUGAUGCCACCCCCCAUGACGUGUGUGCCAAAAAUGGACAACUAUAUGUUGUUGUUGCCACCACCACAAUCACUACUAUUGCCACUGAUACUACAACUACAAAUCACUGCUGCAAGUCAAAAGUUGAAAGACUGUCAGAAGAAUAAAGGGCUAGAAAAGGAUAGUUUGGUAAUGAUUAUGGCACAACAAACUCUGCUUUGAGAUCAUUAUUAUUCUGUUUAUAUUUUUUUUGAAGCGCUUUAGGUACGCUUUUAUGGUGGAGUAAAGCGCAAUAUAAAUUAACUUUAUUAUCAUUGAACCCUGAACAAACCAAAGUAUGUGAAUUUUUAUUUUACUUUGCAUCUGCAAGACUUGCAGUGGGUAUGCCCCACAGCAAACUUUAGUAGGCUCAGACUGAUAAACAUAAUGUAGUGGAUGCCAUAUCCUGUGACCUGUGAAAACUAUUGAACAAAGAUCCCUCACCUGAGGCAUAGGUAUCUGUGUAUGUGCCAACAGAUAUGUUUGUCGUGGUUUACAUUUUUAAACAUUUUGAUGCCAUGAUGUUUAGCUUGUGAUAUAAUUAAGAACAAACUUUAGGUAAGUGAAAUGGUAUUAAAUGUCCUGACGUUGCUAGUUUUUAAUAAACAUUUAAAAAUGAUGCUCAUUAA